GAUGAGAGGAACGUGUCCUGCACGCCCGCUCCCCCGCGCCUCCCCUCCCAGCUCCUACAGCCGUGUCCCUCGCCCUUCCUCGCCCGCACCCCGGCUAGAUCCCUUCGCUCGUCCUGGUCGUCUCAAGGCGGCGGACGACGAGGAUGACGAGGAGGAGGACGAGGAGGAGGAUGUUGCUGGGAGCUGCAGCGAUGAGUCGCUCCACUCCGGCUCCCCCCGCGCUCUGGGGCCCCCGGGACCAGAGAAGCACGGAACCCGCUCCCCGCACACCGCACGGAGGGACCUCAUGGCGGCGCUCGGGCUGGAGGAAGAGGACGGAGGAGAGGACGCGGCAGAAGACGCGAACGGAGAAGCGGCCGGCACGGGGGAGGAUGAGGACAAGGAAGACGACGAGGAAGAGGACGAUGGACAGGAGCACGGAAGGUGGUCCCCAUCGGACUCGGAGUUCUCGGAGGCCGUGUCCGACAAGAAAGAAGCGCGGCCUCUUCAGAAGCCUCCGGGUCAAGAGACGUCUUCAAGCCGUUGAGCGUCUUGAGCGGCA